GAGGCAGCUUGGGUUUUUCAGGAGGAAUGGGUCACUUAAACUGCGCUGUUCUGCCAGGUUUUGUACCAAUCAUUUUAUUAUUGUUAUCCUGUAUAUUUGGGCUUUCAGUCGGUACGGAGCUGAGUUUUGUGACAUGCGGGUCAGUCAUUAAACUGUUAAAUAUUAAGCACAAUGUGAGACUACACUCGCACGACGUACGCUACGGGUCUGGUAGCGGGCAGCAGUCUGUAACAGGAGUGACUGCAGUGGAAGACAGUAACAGCUACUGGAGCGUUCGUGGGUCAGGUGACGCCUUCUGCUACAGGGGAACCCCGGUCAAGUGUGGGCAGACGAUCCGCCUCACUCAUGUCAACACGGGCCGUAACCUGCACAGUCACUACUUUGCCUCCCCGCUCUCCUCUAAUCAGGAGGUGAGCGCAUUCGGCGAAGAAGGGGAUGGAGACCACCUGGACGAGUGGACAGUUCAGUGCGGGGGCUCCGUAUGGAAGCGAGAGGAGGCUGUCCACUUUCGUCACAAAGCCACUGAGGCACUACUGGCUGUGACAGGGGAGCAGUACGGACGACCGAUCCACGGUCAGAGAGAAGUUCACGCCAUGCAGAGCCCCAGCCAGCACAGCCUGUGGAAAGCCAUGGAGGGCAUCUUCAUGAAGCCCAGCGAGAGCCCAGCAGGCAGCCGAGACUACAGUUACUCGCACACAGAGUUCUGAGCUUCACUUCUCUGCUUCCGUCUCUUCCCAUUUUCUCUGUUUCCCAAACUUUGUCUAAAUCUGUCUCUUCCUCCCACUUUUCUCUUCUCUCAUUUUUCUUUCAUAAAGCUUUUGACUUUCAUGAAGCUGAGACUGUGCCAAAGUCUUAUCAUGGAUCAGAGUACAAUGACUUCAUCUUUAUUAAUCAAUAUCAACAUCUGACAUUCAUUGUGUUUCAAAAUUAACGUCAACAGACAAAACAUCUGUGGACAUUAACUUGAAUACAUUAUUGCAUCCUCGAAGUCCCAGGAGCAACACUAUUUGAACAGUACUGUACAGUAGUUUGCCUUAACAGGUACAAGAAGAAGUAAAGUCAUUAUAAAUGCUCUUUUACUUUAUAAAGACUCAUCUUUAUUACAGUUUGUGACUCUUUACAUCUAAGAGGAAGUGCUCCUCUCAGCUGUUAUUUAUUGCUGAAUAACUGCCAUCAGCAGUCACACUACAGCACAGUUUUUGUAGAUCAGUACAUUUAAGUCAGAAAGUGAGUUUUGUGUUUUGUUGGACUCAGUGGAAAACACAUUGUUACACGUGUGCCUUUAUCCUAUUUUAAGACGUAGUAGGUGUUUACAUUGUGGAGCCUUUUAAACUUUUGGAAAACAAGAAUUUUAUUGUGUUUUUACAGUAUUUGUAAGCCAUAUCAUACUCAAACAGCAGAUGAGCAGUGUUAUUUUCUUCUCUUUUUUCUUCUUUAUGUCAGAUUCAGUAUUGUUUUAAAUUAUUCCUUCAUUAACUGACAUGAGAGAAUAAUCAGUUUUGUCUGUGGAGGAUCUGUUUAUCCCAAAUACACACCUUUUUUUUUUUUUUUAAGCAAACGUGGUUCUUUUACAACCAUGACUAAGCAGAAAUCCACAAGCCUUAUUUGAAUUUACUAAUUAAACUUGAUUCUUGUUGUCAUUGUUUGA